AUGGAGGCCAACGGAGAGUUUCUUCGGGCACUUCAAAAUAGCCGCCAAUCCCACAGCGGAUCACCCACACGUGUGCCCAUUAGCUCGGGCAACGUGGUGGACCUGGGACUCGAUCUUGCCGGUAAGGGGUUGGGAUCAGGUUUGCGGGCAGGGUUUGAGUUUCAUUCUGAUACAACCGCGAGAGACGGCCAUCGGCGGCCUGUAAGCAGGUUCAUCUUCAAGUUGCGCGACAGAACUUUGGAUGUGGCCGGUUUGCGCGACCUGGAGUCUGUUUGUGCGGAGAUCGACCGCAACAGGGGCUGGAUCGGUGAAUUUAUCGCUGGUAAUGGAGUCGAACUAAUUGCCAUCAACAUCGGCGAAUUGUACGAGACAGGGCUGGUGUCGGCAGAGUUCGAGUUUCUUGCGCUGACGUGCAUCAAACACAUCAUGUCGUGUUUCCAGGACCUUGCUGGCCGGAUCAGCUACGAUGUGGCUACGCUUUUAGUGUCGUGUUUGGUUUCGCGGGAUAUUGUGAACCGGAACCUGGUGACCGGCGUGUUUACGUUGAGCAUCGCGCACAGCAAACAGUGUGCGAAGGAUAUUGUGCACGCGAUCCAGAAAACCGUCGGGUUACAGACCUGGCUGGACUCGGCAAGAGACACAAUUUCGCAUACCAAGGUUUACGAAACGGCAGGCCUUUUGGACAGAGCGCACCCUGUUUACUUGGUGAACGAGUAUGCGUUGCUGACCACGUUUUUCAUCUCGUCUUUGGUCAUGGAAACAAGAGGCUUGCGGUAUAACCUGGAAAAGUACGGUCUGAUUUCGUUUUUUGAGUCUGCUGCCAAACUCAACAACGAUGGCAUCAACGACCUGAUCCGCAACUAUUUCGAGACCGACAGAGCUCCAUCCGACCAGUCGAUGGUGUCGGAGAGUUCAGUUUCGUUUGAAAAUCCGCAUCUAGAGAAGUACGCUGGCCAGAUCUUGCGCUCGCUGACUCACCUGAGCGAGAUAAAGAAGCCGAAAGACGCAGAGAAAUGUUUCAAACUGAUCUCGCUGCUUGUGGACCACGUGAGCGAGCUGCGAUCGGUCGGAGACGACAACAUAGCGUUCUCGAUCCAGAUGCUGUUUGACAGACUCAGCUCAGACGAUAUGGCUAUCCGUGCCACCACAGAGUCGCGCCAUGCACUCAAGCUGCUUAGAGAGUACAAGAAGGAGAUUGGCGAGCUCCAAAAGGAGAUCCACAACCUCACGCAUCUGAGAAAGCCGUUGGUGCGUGUCAACGAUAGACAGUCGUCGGUGAUUCGAAUCAGCUCCGGCCGACCAAUAGAUACAAAGGAUAAGGAGAACAUACAUGAGAGUGCGGCCAAGUCCGUGAAAGAGGUGCACAUAAAGCGUGCUGCUUCGAACUCGAACGGAUACUUUGAGCCGUAUGAUAACUACCAGUUGACCAACGACGCGGGUCUCGCGAGCACAACACCCCCAGCGGCCUUAGCAGCUCCACCGCCGCCUCCGCUUCCACCAACACUGGCAGGAGUAGCUUCUUCGGUGCCGCCACCGCCGCUGCCGCCGUUCCUCCAGAAGGGGCAUCCAACUCCGCCGAAAACUGCAGGCUCUGUGCCUCCGCCUCCACCUCCUCCAGCAUUUCUCAAACCAGCCGGUGGUGCAGCACCGCCAGCGCCUCCACCGCCGCCGUUCCUCAAACCAAGCGUGCCAGCAGCUCCGCCCGUGCCGCCGCCCGUGCCCAAACUCGUCUCUGAUACGAGUCAAAUUGUCGUUCAAAAGAAAAAUGCGGCCACGGAGCCACACGUAGAGCCUACUAGGCCAUACGUUCCGCGCAGACCAAGCUCGAAACUCAAGCAGAUCCACUGGGACAAGCUCGAGGAUACCUCCAACACCAUCUGGAGGUCUGCGGACGACCGCCAGCUGAGCGACAAGCUGAACGAGCUGGGCAUCCUUGAGGAGCUGGAGAACCAGUUUUACGCAGUGGAAGCCAAGAAGUUCAAGACCAAGCCUGUGGAAAAGAGACAGACCAAACUCAGCUUCCUAUCCAGAGACUUACAACAGCAGUUUGGAAUCAACCUGUACCAAUUUGCCAGUCUGUCUGAGGACGAGCUGGUGACCAAAGUUUUGAGAUGCGACAAGUCGAUUGUGCAAAACAGCAGUCUGGUGGACUUUUUCUGCAACGAGUCGCUGACCGACGUGUCGCCGAACCUGAUGCGGUCGUUUGCGCCGUACUCGCGCGACUUCACCAAGGACCACGAGCCCACCAAGGACCCGGCAGAGCUAGACCGGCUCGACAGAGUGUAUUUGGAGCUGUGCUACAAUCUGCGCAGGUACUGGACGCCGCGGUCCAAGUGCGUGGCCAUGUGUCUGAACUACGAGCAUGACCUCGAGGACCUUAGGCAGGACAUCCAGCUGGUGAAAACCGCCGUGGACGCCGUCAGCAACUCCAAGGCCCUUGUGCAGGUACUGUACAUCAUCAAGAACCUCGGCAACUUCAUGAACGAUGUUUCCAAGACAGCUGAUGGGUUCAAGCUGAGCACGCUGCAACGGCUCAAGUUCCUCAAGGACGCCAAGAACACCACCACGCUGCUCAACUACAUCGAGCGCAUCGUGCGCACCCGGUUCAGCGAGUACGCGUCGUUUGUGGACGAGAUCAAGUCUGUGCACCAGGCGCACAACAUCUCGAUCAGCAACCUGGAGACAGAGUUUAGAGACAUGAAAAACGGGAUCGACGUGUGCAUGAAGGCGCUCACCACAGGCGCACUGAGCGACUCGAAGCUGCUGCAUCCAAAGGACCGGAUUGUGGCCUAUGCUAAACCGAUUCUCGAGAAGGCCUCAGAUAAGGUGAGCGAGCUUGAGACAUUGCUGCAGACCACGAUGGCCGAUUACAACCGGCUGAUGGAGCACUACGGCGAGAAACCGGGCGACGAGGGCGCUAGAAACUCGUUCCUGGCCAAGUUCAAGACGUUUGUGGACGACUACAAGAAGGCCCAGGUCGAUAGUCUGCGUGUGGAACAGGAAGAGAAAGCGUACCAGAAACGGAAGCAGAUGAUGGAGGAGUUCCGCAAGAGCAAGUCUGAGAAGGACAAACCGGCGGAGAACAUUGUUGAAAACCUGCUGGACCAGCUGCGCACGAAAAGACCAGCCUCCAAGCCGCGAGAGCUGCCAGAACACGAGGAGACCAAAGACAUUAGCAACAAGGCAUUGGAGCUUCUAAACAGCCUGCCGAAACUUGGCAACGCCCCGGAACUGACAGCUACGUGUCCUGCGACGCCCGAAAGCCAAUCAAAGGUUUCAAGAACCGGUCAAGGGUCGCCAGAUAAACUGUCAAUGAUUCCGUACUUAAUCACCGAGACAAUGAGCCCUAGCAAAUUGAAAGACAACUGA